AUGAGUGAAGAAGAUUCUCAUAUUGAUAAAAAACCAAGACACAGUAUGACAGAAGAAAAUCAAGAAUUGUUUUCCACAGUCGGAGAACAAGCUCAAAAUGUUGAUAAUGAAGUUAGAAAAACUGGCGCUGAAGAUGCUGAAGGUCAUCCAGUUCAAGAAGUUGAUUCAUUAUGUAUGAAUUGUCAUGAAAAUGGCGUUACAAGAAUGUUAUUAACUAGAAUUCCAUUCUUUAGAGAAAUUAUUAUAAUGUCAUUUGAAUGUCCUCAUUGCGGGUUUAAAAAUAGUGAAAUUCAAGCAGCUGCUCAAAUUGCAGAAAAAGGUGCAAGAUAUGUUUUAAAAAUUGAAGAUAAAAAGGAUUUUAAUAGACAGGUAGUUAAAAGUGAAACUGCAACUGUUAGGUUCAAUGAAUUAGAUAUAGAAAUUCCUCCAAAAAGAGGUCAAUUAAUUAAUGUUGAAGGUAUUUUACAAGAAAUGAUAACGGAUUUAAAAUCAGAUCAAGAACAACGAAAACAAUUACAAUCUGAAAUUUAUGAAAAAAUUGAACAAGUUAUUAAGAAUAUUGAAAGUUAUUUAAAUGGUGAAAAAUUACCAUUAACUGUUUCUGUUGAUGAUCCUGCUGGUAAUUCAUGGAUUGAAUAUGUUCCAAAUGAACCAAAUCAUAAAUGGGCAAUGUAUGAAUAUAAUAGAACUGCUGAACAAAAUGUAUAUUUAGGAUUGAUUUCAGCUGAUGAUGUUGCACAACAAAAGCAAAAAGAAUUGGAAAAUAAGAAACAAGAAACUUCAAAUUCAAAUAUAAAAACAACUGGAUUUAUAUCUGAUGCAACAGAUAUUGAAAAUUUUGAAAAUGAAGUUCAAACUUUUGGUGCAACUUGUUCAUCAUGUUUGAAACCUUGUGAAACUCAUAUGAAAACUGUUAAUAUACCACAUUUUAAAGAUGUUAUAAUAAUGUCAACAGUUUGUGAUCAUUGUGGUUAUAAAUCAAAUGAAGUUAAAACUGGCGGUGCAAUACCGGAAAAGGGUAGAAAAAUCUUAUUAAAAAUUACUGAUCCUGAAGAUUUAGCAAGAGAUAUAUUGAAAAGUGAAACUUGUGGUUUGAAUAUACCUGAAUUGAAUUUGGAUUUAACUCCAGGUACUUUAGGUGGUAGAUUUACUACAAUUGAAGGUUUAUUAACUCAAAUUGCUGAAGAAUUACAUUCAAGAGUAUUUACACAAACUUCUGAUUCAAUGGAUGAUGAAACAAAAUCAAGAUGGACAAGUUUUUUUGCAAAAUUACAAGAUGCAAUUGAUGGUAAAAUUGGAUUUACUAUAAUAAUGGAAGAUCCUUUAUCUUCAUCAUAUAUUCAAAAUGUUUAUGCUCCAGAUAAUGAUCCAAAUAUGACAGUAGAAGAUUAUGAUAGAACAUUUGAACAAAAUGAAAGUUUAGGUAUAAAUGAUAUGAAAACUGAAUAA